AAGGAAAAAUAAUUUUAAAAAUGUCUGUUACAAAUGAUUUUCCUGUUAUUACAAUAAUAGAUGGUAGUGCUUCGAUGCAAAUAAGUAAACAUGGAGCUGUGAAUCCUGAUGGAGAUCCUUUAUGGACAUCUCGAUUCUUAGAAACAAAUCCUGAGAUAAUAAUACAAGCGCAUUUGGAUUUUUUAGAAGCUGGUUCGGACGUAAUUUCCACAUUUACCUAUCAAGCCAGCAUAGAAGGAUUCAUGCAACAUUUAAAUAAAACUGAGACUGGAAGUAUAAAUUUGAUUAAAGGUGCUGUAGACUUAGCUAGAACUGCAAUUGAAAAGUUUAAGGAAACUCAUCCAGAAUUAAAAAAUGUAGAGAUACGUAUAGCUGGAUCUGUUGGUCCGUAUGGAGCAUGUCUUCACGAUGGUUCAGAGUACACUGGAAAUUAUGAACAACAUGUUUCUAAAACUUUUCUAGCAACAUGGCAUGCAAAACGUAUUGACGCCUUAAUAGAUGCCGGUGUUGAUUUACUUGCAUUAGAAACCAUACCAUGUCUCAAAGAAGCCGAAACACUUGUAGAAUUAAUUAAAAACUAUCCGAAUAUAAAAGCCUGGCUAUCUUUUAGUUGUAAGGAUAACGUUUGUUUAAGUAAUGGUGAAAAUUUCCAAACAGCAGCAAAUUUUUGUUAUAAUUUGAAUCCAGAACAAUUGGUUGCUGUUGGUGUGAAUUGUUUAUCACCGAAAUUUGUAAACGAUUUAAUUUAUGGAAUCAACAAAAAUCGUGAAUCGAUUCCAAUACCACUAAUUGUUUAUCCGAAUAGUGGUGAAGAAUAUGAUGAACAAUAUGGAUGGACUGGGAAAAAUACUUGCCGUCCAAUUAGUGAAUACGUAAAAACAUGGCUAGAUAUGGGCGUAAAAUGGAUUGGAGGAUGUUGUCGUACAGAUGAUACAACAAUUAUGAAAAUACGACAAGAACUAAUCAAAUGGAAAGAAGAUAAACAAAAUCAAUUGAAUAUUUAA